CGGAAGUUUUGCUGGAACGGAACCUCUGACGUGUCAAAUUGUCGCCAUUUUCUUGAGGAAGGAAACGCCUUUAACAAGGGAGGAAACAUCAACUGUGUUUGUUUUUUUUAGCUGAAGUAGGUCCCCCAUCAUCAGCCGCCAUGGGGAAUAUGUUUACGCAGGUCUUUAGUAGUUUGUUUGGGAAGAAGGAGAUGAGGAUCCUUAUGGUGGGUCUGGAUGCUGCUGGAAAGACAACUAUUUUGUACAAGUUGAAACUUGGAGAGAUUGUGACUACCAUUCCCACAAUAGGUUUUAAUGUGGAGACUGUAGAAUACAAGAACAUCAGUUUCACAGUAUGGGAUGUUGGUGGUCAAGACAAAAUUCGCCCGCUGUGGCGUCACUACUUCCAGAACACACAGGGUCUCAUAUUUGUUGUGGACAGCAACGACAGAGAGCGAGUUCAGGAGGCUCGUGAAGAGCUCGCACGGAUGUUGGGAGAGGACGAGUUGCGUGAUGCUGUGCUAUUAGUGUUUGCCAACAAACAAGAUCUUCCAAAUGCUAUGAAUGCAGCAGAACUCACAGACAAGUUGGGUCUUCACAACCUACGCCACAGAAACUGGUACAUCCAGGCGACCUGUGCCACCACCGGGGAUGGCCUAUACGAAGGACUCGAUUGGUUGUCUAAUCAGCUCAAAAAACAAUAAUCACCGGCCAUCCACCCAAUCUCAGACCAUGCUCUCGACUCCUAAAGUUUUGCAAAACUAAGUUACCCUCUCCAAAAAGAAGUACUGGAAGUUUCCCUUACCUCAGCGGUUAUUGUUAUAAACAUACAGGCCAGUGGUGGGGAUGAUCUAUUCUUGUAAAGCUGUCAGGUUUUAUUAUUUUAUUUUAUGUAACUGUAAAUAUAUUUGGUAAUGGGGCAGCUUAUUGCACUCUACAGAUCCUGUCGUGGUUAUUUCUCUUUCGGGCUGAUGGGCAGCCGUGUGCGCAUUGAAUAAUAAAAGGGAGGUGAGGAAUAAGAAUUUACCAGCGCGAUGGCCCAGGACCUCAAUGCAAUCUGAUGACUUAUUAUCUGGUCACACGUACAGUAGCGGCUGAUGGGCUUUUAAUUAAAAAAAACUGACUUAAACACUGAUGCACUACUUGCAGCCACUGUGGUUAUUUUAACAAGUGACUGCAUGUACCAGCCCAGCCCCCCCCCCCCCCCCAAAAAAAAUUACCAAUUAGUAAACACAGGCAUGGCCUCUUUGUACCGAAAUCCCCCCUUUUCCAAGCUGAAAACUCCUGUCUGUGAACACGUACCAGCCUUUGUUAUACAGUAAGUCGAAUUGAGAAAUGCUGCAACAAUCUCACAUCUACCUGCUUCACGGUUGUUUGAAAGGCAGUAUGUUGAGACAGCAUUGGGUUUUUGUAUUUUUGAGUCUCAGGUUUAUCAUGUGCUGCCUUUGAAAUAUACUUGUUAGCAAAACUGCAUGAGGUGGUCCGUUGGUCUUUAGGGUCAUAUUCACUGGGUGUUUACAUCAUUAGGCUGCACAGGAACCAUUCUUUCAACAGCCCUAGACUGUGGCUUGUGUGUACUGUGUUCGGUAAUUGUAACUAAAGAAGCUGCACACUACAACGGCCCUUCUGUCUUUACUAAAGGCUCACGUAAUUCAUGCCUUUAUUUAGUUAUCACAAUCUGAGAAGUGGUGUUUUGAUGGCAAUACAAAAUCAGUUUCAACUUCACGUUUAGCGUAGUGCUGGUAUUUCUUCCUUUGCAGCACAUUGUGCUUGGGGGUAAAUGAAAGGCUGAACAUACGCCUUCUUUAUCCAAGACACAUGUCACCUUUUAUUUUCCACCUUUCUUUUGGAAGAGGUGUGGGUGUUGCUUUACUGCUCCGAACAUGUCUGGAGGGUGCAUCAAACAGUUUUUUGACUUAUAACUGCCUAAAAUUGUGAGAACUAUGUUAAUCUCUUACUUAAGAUUGUGUGGUUUUUUUUUUUUUAUGUAAAGCAUUUGUUUUGUGAGGAAAAAGCACUGUAAUUAAAGUGACUGGAGACUUUUUUUUUUUUUUUUCUGCAACUGAUUUUCAUUUUCACACUCUAUGCAAUAAAACUGCUGAAUGUUAA